AUGGCAUUGCUCCCGUGGCUGGUGUCCCAGCUGUCAUCCUUCUGGAGCAACAUUUCUAUAGUGGGAGUUUUUCUCACAGUCUUUACUUUACUUCUUGACUUCAUGAAGCGCAGGAAGAAGUGGAGCCGUUACCCACCGGGCCCAGUGUCGCUGCCCUUCAUUGGGAACAUGCUGCAUGUUAACUUCAAAAACCCCCAGCUCACCUUCAAGCAGCUUCACAAGAAGUUUGGAAAUGCCUUCCAUCUCCAGUACUGCUGGUCCAACAUGGUAGUACUGAACGGGUAUAAAAUGGUGAAGGAAGCCCUGGUCCACAGAGCGGAGGACUUUGCUGACCGGCCAUACUUUCCAAUAUAUGAACAUCUGGGUUACGGACGUAAAUCUGAAGGACUUGUUAUGGCAAGAUAUGGGCACGUCUGGAAGGACCUAAGGAAAUUCACGCUCACUACCUUGAGGAACUUUGGCAUGGGAAAGAAAUCCUUGGAGGAGCGAGUGACGGAGGAAGCUGGAUUUCUGUGCUCUGCAAUCAAGGCUGAAGAAGGCCGUCCUAUCGAUUUACGUUUUCUUGUAAAUAAUGCAGUCUGCAAUGUGAUUUGCACCACCGUCUAUGGAGAGCGUUUCAACUACGGUGAUGAGACAUUCAAGAAGUUGAUACAUUUGUUUGAGGACUUCUUGAAAGAAGAAACUGGAUUCCUGCCUCAGCUUCUUAACGUGGUGCCCAUUUUGUUGCGCAUCCCUGGAGUGCCACAGAGGGUCUUUCCAAAGCAAAAGGUUUUCAUGGACUUCAUAGAUGUGCUCAUAGAAAAGCACAUGAAGACCUGGAACCCUGCUAACACCCGAGAUCUCACUGAUGCAUUUUUAAAGGAAAUGAAGAAGGGUAAGGAAGCUGAAGAGAACGGUUUCAACUAUAACAACCUUCGUCUGGUGACCGCAGACUUGUUUGCAGCUGGUACUGAGACCACCUCCACCACUCUCCGGUGGGCAUUUCUGUACAUGCUUCUCUACCCGGAAGUAUAUAGUAAGGUCCAGGCAGAGAUUGAUAAGGUGAUUGGCAGAGAGAGGCCACCCACCAUGGAGGACCAGGCGAGCAUGCCCUACACCAAUGCUGUGAUCCACGAAGUGCAACGCUAUGCCGAUAUUGCUCCUAGUGGACUGCCUCACGUGACGUACCGGGACACCGAGGUGCAAGGCUUCUUCAUUCCCAAGGGGACAACAGUCAUCACCAACUUGUCUUCCGUGCUGAAGGAUGAGACAGUCUGGGAGAAGCCAAACGAGUUUUACCCUGAACACUUCCUGGAUGCGAAGGGGCAGUUUGUGAAAGCAGAGGCCUUCCUGGCAUUCUCAGCAGGUCGCCGUGUCUGCCUGGGUGAACAGCUGGCCAGGAUGGAGCUCUUUCUUUUCUUUACCACUCUCCUGCAGAAAUUCACUUUUGUAUUGCCCGAAGACCAGCCCAGGCCACGGGAAGAUGGUCAGUUUGCCUUCCUAAGGUCCCCACUCCCGUACAAGGUGCGAGCUAUCCCAAGAUAA